AUGAAAACACAUUUGAGGAUACACACUAAUGAAAAACCAUAUUCUUGUGAGUUUUGUAAAAAGACAUUUUCUCAGGCUUCACAUAUGAAAACACAUUUGAGGAUACACACUAAUGAAAGACCAUAUUCUUGUGGUCAGUGUUAUAAGAAAUUCUCUCAGAGUUCAAGUUUAAAAGCACAUUUGAGGAUACACACUAAUGAAAAACCACAUUCUUGUGAGUUUUGUAAAAAGGCAUUUUCUGAGAGUUCGUCUUUGAAAAAGCAUUUGAGGAUACACACUAAUGAAAAACCAUAUUCUUGUGAGUAUUGUGAAAAGACAUUUUCUGAUAGUUCUUCUUUCAAAAAGCAUUUGAGGAUACACACUAAUGAAAAACCAUAUUCUUGUGAGUACUGUAAAAAGACAUUUUCUGUUAGUUCGAGUUUUAAAAGACAUUUGAGGAUACACACUAAUGAAAAACCAUAUGCUUGUGAGUACUGUAAAAAGACAUUUUCUGUUAGUUCGAGUUUUAAAACUCAUUUGAGGAUACACACUAAUGAAAAGCCAUAUUCUUGUGAGUACUGUAAAAAGACAUUUUCUGAUAAUUCUACUUUGAGAAAGCAUUUAAGGAUACACACUAAUGAAAAACCAUAUUCUUGUGAGUAUUGUAAAACAACAUUUGCGCAUAGUUCAAGUAUAAAAACACAUUUGAGGAUACACACUAAUGAAAAGCCUUAUUCUUGUGAGUAUUGUAAAAAGGCAUUU